AUGGUCGUACUUGCGCUCUACGUGUACGAAUACUUGGUCUACUCCGGUGCCCAAAAGGCAGCUCAAACAUUCCUCCAGGAAAUCGGCUGGGACAAACACAUAGUUCCCAACGAGGCCCCUGGUUUCCUAUUCUCAUGGUGGAGUGUCUUUUGGGAUCUCUACUGUGCGGCUCCUGAAAGACGGGAUACCCUCAAACAUUCCUCUGAUGCGCGUGCCUUCUACGAUUUCGUAAGUUUUUCGUUCCAUCAGCACAUAUAUUGCGUCUUUUUUUUUUCAUUCGUCGUUUGCGAUCUACCAUGUUUAAAGCCUACGCACAGCACUCCAACGGCCGUCAGUAGAGGUUUCUUUAAUCACACCUACAAGGGCGCGCGCGCGCGCGCGUGCAGGUGCGGCGAAUAUGCUCAAAAUUGGCGUGUGACCGCGCCUCGUGCGUUCGCGCGUCCAAUCGAUAAUCAUGUUCCAUUAUCUCACCACGUCCUUGAAGCGUUCGUAUGCAUGCGUGCAGUUAUUUGGGUUUGUCGUGAUGCUGCUGAUGCGUUGGCCAUCCAAUGCGUUCUCAUCCCGGAAUUCAAGGUGAAGCCUUUGACUAGUAAACCCCAAAUUCUUGUGGGUUUGGCCAAUCCAGGUUCCGUUCCCGGAGGUCUUCAGUGUCGAGGCAUUGUUCUGACCUGUUGUGCUGGCGUAAUUAAAGUGGCCUACUUAUGCGACUCCAGCAAAUCCACUACCGUUGUCAUUGAUCCUGCCUCCAUUUACCCAUUUGGAUACGUGUGCACGUUCGUCCUCGCAGCAUACACGGAAACCACCGAAACGUCAGACUUUAUGCGCGCAAACCUGUUUGUGUAUUAUACGGGCAUUUCCUUGGUGUUGGUGUGCGUUUGUCCGUUACUUGAUGUACCAAUAUUCCCGAUUGCGAUCGAUGUGUGCGUGUGUAUGUGCAACUGCACAUACCCGAAGCCGGUACAGGUUGAGCUCCUCGAGGGCCCCUUUUCACGCGGUUUACUCGAACGUGCACAACGCUUGGUGGUUAAGGUGUCAGCGUGUUACAAUGAAGCUCCGACUGCCUACUUGUACGCCCAAAUGUUUGCGACUAAGGAGUUCAAUGCAACUCUCUUGGAAAACCAUGUAACUCGGCGAAUUGACGCGUGGAAUCCAAUAGCCUCUCGGCGCAUUUCUCUCAUAGAUCUUGCCACUCUAAUUUUACGCUCACUAAAGCGAUUAUAUCCACUUCAUUUAUCGGGUCCUGGCUUCCACUACGUCCAGGGGCGGAACGGGCCACCUCCUCUUCUCCCGUACCAACAAUACGUCUCCCAACAACGCCAACUCUAUGCUCCGGUUGGCUCACGACCUUGUGAUGCUAAAAUACCCGGUCUCAUCUCUAUGGGAGAGCAGCACCUCGACGCCUUUCUGCCUUCCUCCACAGCCGCAUUCCGCCCAAGUCCGAACAUUCCUUCCCUUCCUAUUGCCUCUGCCCCCACAGUGACCUUGAGGCACCAACCUCGGCCAGAUGGGCCUAGAGGACCGCAAGUGAACAACGGAAAUGGCGGUGCUCCCGUCAACUCAUCGUCGUCCGCUGCCUCCUUCUCAGGAUUCUCCCCUGGCGGCGACUUUCAACCCGGGCCCCUGGGCACCGCACCCCAACAGUUCGGCCGGCCGCAAACUUUCCACCAACAGCGCUCACUUCCCACAAAGCUGCCUCCCUGCACACCAAACAAUGUGGUGCCAUCUCAGCAGCACUGGGGUCCGAGUCUUAACCACCAGCUUUCCCACCCUGCCGAUUUUGUUAGUGGCCAAUCAGCCAAAGUGUCUCCUGACAUCAACGCGGCCACGACCACGAUGCUAUUUGACCCUGGUCUAAUGGAGCCAUUCCAUCCACCGGUUUCGGGUGGCGAAGGAUUUACCUUUUUCGAACAAUCUGAUGGGCUGCCGGAAGACUCAACCGGAGGACAAUCGAUUACAUCGCAGAUAAGUCAAUUGCUCUCACCAUCGCCUGUCCAAGCGCAACGAGGCGUCUCGCAUCAACAACGCUCCCUUCAACAAUCCAACCCGAACAUUGAAGAAGCUCUUGUGCUUAGUGGGCCUGAGUUAGAAAUGUUGGCUGGGGGUGACGAUAGCGUGGAAGGCCUCGAACAGCCGGUGACAAGAGCUUCCGGUCAGGGCUUUGAUUGCGAGGAGAUAAAGGAUAGUGGUGCACCGAGUAUUCUCUUUCCAGUAAGUUUAAAACCGAACGAUGAUUUGCAAGCAGUGCAGAAUCUCGUCGACGCAAUGCAAGAUCCCAUCGUUGGUGGUUCUUUACCUCCCCCACCCUCUCAACAGCCGUUUUGUUCCCUGAAGGACACUGAAACCUCUGCAGCCCUCUUUCUGCACGAUUAA